AUGAAUGAUAAAAAUAAUGCAGUCAGAAAGGUUUUAGGAGUCAGACACAAAGCAAAUCAAGCACAAGUUCGCUUGAAUAAAGAUCUUGACGAAGCCGUUUCCGAAGGUAUCAAGCUUUCUUUCCCAGAAGCAAAUAACAUUCAAAAAUUUAUUGUUCUUAUUCAGCCAGCAACAGGCCAUUGGAGAGCAGGCAAAUUUGAGUUUGAAUUUACAAUCCCAGAUGACUGGCCAAUUACAAAACCAGAUAUCAAGAUUUUGACUCGAGUAUGGCAUCCAAAUAUUGAUGAAAAUGGUGCAGUAUGCUUGAGUAUUUUGCGUGAUAACUACCUGGCAACAUUAUCAAUUUCCCAAUUCGUUGCAGGUCUUCAAUACUUGUUCAUCGAACCAAAUCCUAACUCUCCACUAAAUACCGAGGCCGCUACAAUGUUUAAGAAUGAACCUGCCAAAUUCCAAGAGACAGUUGACGAUUAUAUUGAAAAAUAUUGUCCAAAAUAA